CUUCCGCCUUGCUCACUGACUGCCACUGAGUGGCUCUAGUUUCUCUCAGGUACACUGGAACAGACAGGUGAUAGGAACACAUCAGCACCUUUCGUCGGCAGUUUAACAUAGUUAUUGAUAUAAUAAUAACAUGAUAAAAGCCAUACUCAUAUUCAACAACCAUGGAAAACCCAGGCUCUCGAAAUUUUACGAACACUACAGUGAAGACACAGAACAGCAGAUUAUCAGAGAAACGUUUCAUCUGGUAUCGAAGCGGGACGAGAACGUCUGUAAUUUUCUCGAGGGUGGAAUGUUGAUAGAUGGAUCAGACAACAAGCUGAUCUACAGACACUAUGCCACGCUGUACUUUGUCUUCUGUGUAGACUCCUCAGAAAGUGAACUUGGCAUUCUAGACUUAAUCCAGGUGUUUGUGGAGACGCUGGACAAAUGUUUUGAGAAUGUCUGUGAGCUUGACCUAAUUUUCCAUGUAGACAAGGUCCAUAAUAUUCUGGCUGAGAUGGUGAUGGGCGGUAUGGUCUUGGAGACCAAUAUGAACGAGAUCAUAACACAAGUAGAUGCCCAAAACAAAAUGGAGAAGUCUGAGGCUGGCAUUGCAGGGGCUCCUGCACGUGCUGUAUCAGCAGUAAAGAACAUGAACCUUCCAGAAAUGCCCAAGAACAUCAACAUUGGAGACAUCAGCAUAAAAGUGCCAAACUUGCCCUCCUUUAAAUAGCAGAUAAAAAUGCCUUGUGCUGGGAUGGACAGAUGCGUAUGUUGAAAUGUGUUUACCAAACUCCAAGUGAAAUAUCUUGUUACUUCAGAGGCUAUGAAGGUACCAUGUGAUAUGUUUUUUUUCUUUUGUGUUGCUCCUGGUUUUGGAAUGUCUCUUAUGUGUCUUUUUUUUACUCUAUGGAAAUGAAGUAUUUAUUACAUUCCUUUGCCCUCUCUAAAGGUGUGCCCUUACAAUUUGGCUGCUACAGUAUUUGAAGAAUCAUACCUUUGUAGUGCUUUGUACAUCGGACUUAAAAGUACACUUAAGAAUAGAAAUAUCUAAACGACUCUGUAUAUGCUUAAAUUAUAUUAUUGGUAUUAUACUGUAUGUAAUCAGAAUAUUUUAUAUAUAAUUUAUCUUCUUUUCAUACUCAAAUAAUGCUUUUAUUUUAAUCGGUGCAUGUGAGGUUUUUCUUCUUUUUUCUUUUUUUGCAACAAAAUAAAGUAUUGCAGCAUUUUA